UCUCAUGGUGGCCUCCAGAGAUCACAGGGUUUUACAAUUCAUUCUCUGGGGACCAUGAGAGUAAAAAGUGUUGUGCCAAUCCAUCCAAUAUGUACUGGGGUAUUUCAGGAGAUAAAUCCUACCCUAGUGGUUUUUGUGUUUGUCUGUUAGUCUCUACAAUCCUCUCCCCUUUUUAGAAGAUACUUUAGAGCUUUCAUCAGGUUUGUUGCAGUCUGAAUGCCUUAGUGAAUAUACAAAAUAAUCAGUAUUUAGUGUAUUCAUGCAUCGGUGGCUUCCAGCCUUACAAUCCCACAAACAGGCUUAAUUUUAUACCAGCCACACACUUGAUUCACACACAGUCAGUCUUGUAUUAACCUCGGUUUGCUUCUGCUUUUGGUUGAAAAAUAGGGAUGACUGAUGAAUGACUAAUGACUGAGGUUUGAGGGAACAGAUGACUUCCUGUUUGUGUUGUACUUAAAGAGGUUGCAGACCACAUGCAUUACAACAGAUGUCAAGACUGUACAUCAGGUUAGUACUUUGUCAUUUCCGAAAAUUAUAACUUGAGGACAUUUUUUUCAUUAUAUGCCCUUUUUACCUGUCCUUUUUCUCUACUUUGGCUUUUGCUUUCCCGUGUCAAAUUUUCCGUAGAAACUGCUUUCUAAUCCAGGAUGCUACUCACGUGGAUUACAAUAAAACAAAGCCUUCAUGACUUUGGAUUUCUUGCUGUGGAUGUUUUCACCACUGGUAAAAGGGAUGGUUUAAGAAGAACUGUUGUCCUUCUUUUCACCUGUAGCUUCUUCAGCCUCCUGCUGAGCUCCCUGCUGCUCCUGUACCUCCUCUUCACCCUGGACUAUGAACUGGCAGUGGCUGGAGGGAUGGCUGGCUGCUUUGGGACAAUACUGACUGUUGCCCUCUUCGCAUCCAAGAGAAUAAGAUGUUUAGGGACUCUGUUUGUCAUAUCUGUUUUCAUGAAGAAGAGUCGGAACCUGCUUCUGACCGCUGGGACGAGUAUAGUGGUUCUUAAGAAUAUCCGCAACACUCUAGAAAACCUCACCCGCCUGGUCAGGAGUAUGAUUUGCAACCUGCAGGCAAAGAAAGCAGCCAUCACUGCUCCAUUCAGUAACUAUGUUGAGAUGCUGAAGUGGAUUGGGAACAUGCUCAAAGGGGUCACAGACCUGGGAGUGGUGAACCUCGACUCCCACCUUAAGGUUUCACCCAGACUGGAAUCAGAAAAAUUCAGCUGGAAACUUGCAGAUGCAGAGCAGAAGCUCAAUGAGACUGUAAAAUAUGCAAAAGCCCUCAUGAAUACAGUCUCCGCUGUGGUCGACAGGAUGUUUCCUGCCAUCAGCUUCCUGGUGCUCUUGCUGUUUAUAGCCCUGCACGUAAAAAAAUACUGCAAUGACAUGAAAUACAAAAACAGGUUCAUCAGCAGCAAAUUUGUUCGUUUUGACGAGAAGCAGAAGGCAGAAGGGAAGCCCCACGUCCUCCCCCUCACACCGCAGGAGGUGAAGCUGUACACCUCCAUCUACUCCAUCCGUCCCACCGGCAGAGAGGGGAAAGCCAUGCUGAAAUUUGGAAUCCCGGUGGCAUCCCAUUUUGUAGCUUGGGUCAUAUUCAUAACCGUGGAUGCCUUAUUGUACUGUUUUGUUGACAUCGUAACAACAAAGUUAUCAGAACUGGAACCGUUCCAUGUCCCCCUAUUAAUGAGCAUCAAAGGGAUUGCAACUUUAAUUGGUAUUCAAUUUGGUGAGGAAAACCACCAAGAAGACUUUUCCUACUCGGUGACCCUGUUUGAGAAGAAGUGCCUCCCCAAACCCGAGCUCCUGCUGUAUAACUCUGUAUUUCCACUGACUGCCAUCCUGCUCACUCUGCUCAUCAUGGCUCUGAUGGCCGCCAAAGUCUCCCGGCUCCGGCUGAUGGUCUGCGAGCGAUUCUUCGCCACCGCUGCAGAGGCGAGAGUGGAGUACCUGCACGGGAAGAUUCUGAGGAAGAGGUUAAAACUGAAGAAGGAGAAAAACACCUGCAGCUUCAUGACGCUUCUUGUUAAGGUUUGCAUUACAAGAUAUACCUAGACAACAAUGAUCGUAAUAUGUGUAUAUGGAUGCUAAUACAGAGUUUUUCUGUUCUUCUCCCAUCAGCCACAUUUCUGGUGCCCGCUGCUCUUUCCACCCAAAGGGAAUCAACAAAUUAUGGUGUAAGGAAAUUAUUCUUUAUCAGCAACACAACACCAGGACUCUAGGGUUGUCAAUGUUGGUCUUUUAGUAAAUUGGUUCACCAGACAGAUCCAGACUGACAAACAGCGAUGAGAUAGAGUUGAUUAAGCUAUAUACAAACAUUCAUGGUUCUCAGAGGACGAACGUAACUUAAAUAAUAUGGGUUACUUAUAAGUGUGGUCCACAUAUUUAUGGUGCCCAGAAGAUGACUCAUUUUUGUAAUCAUCUGACUAUAUAUUUUAACUUAUUGAGUGCAUUAGAUUAAUUUGUUUGCUCAUGUGAUUAGUUUUACAUUGAAGUUGAGGAACUUUUGUCUCCCUCUUCUGGCAGUGAGAGGAAUUACAGAAAAACUGUCAACUUGUGCUUCUGUUGUAUCAUUCUCCAUCAAUCUUGUUCUGGCUGUAUUUUUUUUCCUCUGAAUGGCAAAUUUCUUUUUAUGUUGAUCAUCAGAAUCUGCUUGGAUUCUUUCACGGUUUAUCUGGGAUAGGCUCCAUAGCCUGUUCUGUGUCUGUCGCUCUGUCAUCCUUCCUCAUGUCUGAAGUAAUGAUGCUAAACAGAUCUAUUGCAUUACCAGAGCUGGGACAUCAUCACACACUAGAGAUUUAAAACUCUGGGUUAUGGUAAAACACAGAGAGUUACCUGGCACCAACAGGCUUAAUCAGCAUUGUGUGAACUCAUUUGGCAAGGGCUUGAAUGGAUCAGUCAUUUGUUUGCUAAACUCCAACACUCCAGCUUGAAGGGGAUUUAGGAGCUCAUUUUUUGCCACAGUUUGAUCAACUCUAAUGAAAAAAUUGGAAUUAAACACACAUACCCGUUUCAUGUCUUGUAUUGAAAAUGGUUCAUAUCAUCAUAAACUACACAAUAAAAUACCAAGAAGCAAAGGGCCCCUGCUGUCAUUCCUAGUGUAUUCUUAAGCAAACUACUGGCGUGUAUCAUAUCUUUAGCCGUUACUGCAUUCUUUCAAGCACAACAGACACUCUUUAUGUCAGAGUGACGCUAAACAGAACUGAAAUAUCUCUACAUCUUCUAACCAGACAAACAUUCAUGGUUCCCAGAAGAAAUACAACUCUAACAGAACAUUACUGUUUAUUGAAGUGUACAUUUACCUUUUUAUUUUCUUGCACUUUUUGCAUUUUAUGGUUAUGCUAUUCUAUUUAUGUUUACAUUUUUAGAACAUAUUUUUCUGGAAACACUACUGUUCAAAAGUUUGGGGUCACCCAGGCAAGUUCAUGUUUUCCAUGAAAACUCCCACUUUUAUCCAUGUGCUAACAUAACUGCACAAGGGUUUUCUAACCAUCAAUGAGCCUUUCAGCACCAUUAGCUAACACAAUGUAGCAUUAGAACACAGGAGUGAUGGUUGCUGGAAAUGUUCCUCUGUACCCCUAUGGAGAUAUUCCAUUAAAAAUCAGCCGUUUACAGCUACAAUAGUCAUUUACCACAUUAACUAUGUCUACACUGGAUUUAUCAUUCUUUUCAUGUUAUCUUCAUUGAAAAAAAAAAAAAGCUUUUCUUUCAAAAAUAGGGCCAUUUCUAAGUGGCCCCAAACUUUUGAACGGUAGUGUAUGUUAAUCUUAUAUACAUUUUUUUACUGCUUACUUUUCUAAAACCUAUCUGGUAAUCCCCUGACUUUGAUCGUGCUUCAAACUGAAACGUGUUGAUUUGUGAUAUUAUUUGGAAUUAAAUAGAUGAAAUAAUUAAAAGUAAUAAAUGGGAGUAUGUCAGCAUGCCACUUAGAAACAGUACAUAAUAUACUUUAUCAGCAAAGUUUGUUAGCAGGCUGAUGAAAAUGGAGGUGAGUCUUUUUUCCUGCUGCAUA